AUGGCUAUGCAAAGUCUGGCACCAGAACUCCUCGCUCGGGUCUUCGAAUCGCUUUCCUCUGUUCCCGACAUCAUUAGCCUCUCGCUCACAUGUCGCUACUUUUACCAAAUACUACCCAAAUCCCAGAAAUUGACACUAUUCUUCCGCGCCCUCGACGAGACGGACGGACCAGUGGAAGACAUUAUACAACUACUGACACAGAAUGACAACCAAUUGUUGCAUGUGCGACGGACUCCACCAAUGUCUUUCGCUCUGCUAUCUCAGGUCACGGCCGUUGCUCGGGUGGCGCGGCGCUAUGUCGACCUGUACCCGAAAUUCAGGUGGACCGGUGUUGACAGUGUGCAACGCCGGUUUCUGGACGCCCACGAAGCUCGACGACUGCGACGUGCAAUCUACCGGAUGUGGAGCUAUGCCAAAGCCUUUUACCAGUUCCCCUACCGUGUCCCACGCACUGAUUUGACUGCCGUGUCGGAGCGACUCCAACUGCUGCGCUCGUGGUCAAACGAGGAUCUUUUUGAAAUGGAGGAUUUGCGCGGCAUGCUGGAGCAGCUGCUCGCCACCGAGAUCUGCCCCACAGACGGAGAAGUGUACUCGCGCGUUCCCGAAGACGCCCAAAGAUACCACUUGUCCCUACAAUAUCCGCAUCUCCGCCCGUUAGAGUCUGCGUGGCCAGCAUACGACGACCUGUUCCACAACUCACGCGACGCCGAUCACAACGUGGCCAAGCCCACCGUGCAAGAACUACGUGGCAAACAUAUGCAAGGAUGGGGCAGUGACCUGCAGAACUUUUACCUGGUCCAGUCAUUUCUGAAGUUCUCGCCCGCUCAGAUCCUGUGGCUGUACGACAACACCAUCCGCCGUGCCGACGUGGAGAGGUUCAUCGAGCAGCAGACGCAUGACCCCUGCUUUUUCGACUCGAGGUCGCUGUUGUUCCAGGACUGGUUGACGGUUCUGCACGCUCGGGGUGUAGACGUGCAGCAAGCACGGGAGGACAUAUGGGAUGGCAGGACGGGCAUUGUCAAUACUAUGGAGCGAGCAGUCUAA